CACGUGCCGAGUAAUAAGUGCAAUAUAAAAUUACCAAAAAACUACUUAAUAGUAAAGAAUUUAUUAUGUCAGGGGAUAAAAAGAAAAAAGGAUCCCGUUCACGAUCAAGGGAAAGAAAUAGGAAGAAGCAAAAAACGGAUGAAAGAUUCGAAAAAAUAGAAAAUCAGAUUAAUAACCUCACAAAGGUUAUUUCUCAGCUGGCAGAGUUAAAUAAAGCCGCUGAUGGAAAAAACUUGAAUCAAAGCGCAGACAAAAACCUGGAUAAGGAGAACGUUGAUACAGGCAACCUCACCCAAUCACAAGAGGCUGAGGAACCACUCGAUAUCGCUAGUACGGAAGAUAGGGAAAUACCCGUAAAUAAAACUCCCAUCAAUGAGGUUAUGUUAGAAAUGCUAGGAGAGCAUCCUGACACCAAAAAAGAAAUACGAAUAAAAAUAAAUUAAGAACUAAAGAUUCGCUGGCAAAGAUGGAUGCAGGAGGGUUACCCGGAGGAUAAAAAGAAAAAUAUCCUCGAAACCUAUCCUAGAAAGGACGAUUUCUACACGGAGGCACCAAAAGUAAACAUAGAAAUUGGUCCAGUCAUGACAGAAGUAGCCUUAAAACGAGAUGAACACUUUGCGGAGACACAAAACUGUAUUGGCUCGGCGAUUUCGGCACUAGGUGCGGCAGUGUCCAUGAUUCUGGAAGAACCGGAAGACGGUAUCGACCAGGAGGCGCUCAUGAAAUACUUAUGCGAUACGGGAAAACUAUUAACGGACGUAUUUCAUCAACAGUCCAAGGCACGAAGAGCCUUCAUUACCCCACUAAUGAACAAAUCGGUUAAGCCAACAGUUGAUGCUACCAAAGCAGAUGAAUGGUUGUAUGGCAAAAAAUUUGCCGAACAAGUAAAGGAGGCUAAAGAUAUAGAAAAGGCCUGCUCUAGCAUUAAGGCAACACCUAAAACAAUAAACCCCAAAUCCAGGGACCAGGGAAACUCGAAGUACCCACCUGCAAAAUACAAGCAGGUGGGGAACCAACAGAAAAAAUCUGUAAUAAGAUUCAAGUCCAGGCCUCAGCGAACAAGUUACAGCACGAUAAAAGCAUCGAGCUGGGCGGCGAGUCAUCGUCUGCCCCCAAGGAAGUAACUGAGGCAAGCAUACCGGCAGGCCGCCUGAAACACUUUAUAAAAAACUGGGAACAAUUCACCGAUGAUACAUUUGUUCUAGAAUGUCUAAAGGGUUAUAAAAUACCUUUUAAAACAACUCCAUACCAAUUAAGACCGCCAGCAGAGCCAAAGUGGGCUAGACACAAUCUUAUUAAAAUAAAACAAGAAGUUAACAAACUACUAGCUAAAAAAGUAGUAGAACCCUGUGAAGACGAAGAUAAUCAAUUUAUUUCCUCUUUCUUUCUAGUUGACAAACCAGAUGGUUCCAGCAGAUUUAUUAUUAACCUAAAAAAUUUAAACAAAUUUAUUGAUACUACCCAUUUUAAAAUGGAGGAUAUUAAAUCCGCUAAACACUUAAUAUCUAGAGGUGCAUAUAUGUGUUCAAUAGAUUUAAAAGACGCAUAUUACCUUAUUAAUAUUCAUAAAUCCUUCCGGAAAUUCUUAAGAUAUAGAUUUCAAGGACAGAUGUUUCAGUUUACAUGUUUACCUUUUGGCUUAUGCACA